AUGGGAGCCAUCACCCAUCUUUUCGUCUACUCUGUCUUCUUCUCUCUGUUUAGAAUCUCCAUUACACAAGACUCUAUUACUCCAACUCAGUCAAUCAGAGACGGUGGCACUACUUUAGUUUCAGCUGGCCGAUCAUUUCAAUUGGGAUUCUUCAGCCCAGGUAAUUCCAAAAGCCGAUAUGUGGGAAUUUGGUACACAAUAUCUUCGGAGAAAGUUGUAUGGGUAGCCAACAGAGAGGCUCCGCUUAGCGAUCACUCGGGAGUAUUAAAGCUCGCUGAUGAUGGAGUUCUUGUGCUUCUUAAUAGCACCAACGGAACUGUUUGGUCAUCUAAUACAUCAAAAACUGCAGAAAAUUCAGUUGCACAGCUCUUGGACACCGGAAAUCUUGUUGUCAAAGAUAGAAACGAUGAUGACCCAGAGAAGUUUUUGUGGCAGAGUUUUGAUUAUCCUUGUGACACAUUUCUACCGGAAAUGAAGCUUGGAUGGAACUUAGUAACUGGUCUAGAAAUGUAUUUAUCAUCUUGGAAGAGCACGGAUGAUCCUGCUCAAGGUGUGUUUUCAUUACGGGUAGAUCGUCGAGGAUAUCCACAAUCUGUUGCUACGGAGGGAUCUAAAAUAAAGGCUAGAAGAGGAUCAUGGAAUGGCGUUCAUCUUACGGGUCGUGGGUUAAGAUCGGAUCCACUAUUGAAGUAUAAAUUUGUGUUUAAUGAGAAGGAGGUCUCUUUCGAGUACAAAAUCCUUAACACUUCUGUUUUCUAUAGAUAUGUGUUAAACCCAUCAGGCGUUGCGCAGCGAUUCGGAUGGAUGGAUCGGACACAGAGUUGGGAGCUUGUCUCUACAUUCCCGGCAGAUCGGUGCGACAAUUAUGCCUUAUGUGGCGCAUAUGCUACCUGCAAUAUCAAUAAGUCUCCUGUAUGUGCAUGCUUGGAAGGAUUCUUUCCCAAGUCUCCAAAAGAUUGGGAUUCAGUGGAUUGGUCAGAUGGGUGUGUUCGAAGGACUCCCUUGGAAUGCAAUGACGGAGAUGGAUUCCUGAAGCGUACGGGGUUGAAAUUGCCGGACACAUCUUCUUGCUGGUAUAACAAGAGCAUGAGCCUCAAGGAAUGCGAAGGAAUGUGUUUGAAGAACUGCUCCUGCACAGCAUAUGCAAAUUUAGAUGUCAGGGGAGGAGGAAGCGGCUGCCUGCUUUGGUUUAAUGAUAGCCUUGUUGACAUAAGAGAAGUAGGUCAGACUGGGCAAGACCUCUAUAUAAGGAUGGCCGCUACUGAACUGGCCGGUACCAAGAAGAAACUAGUGGCAAUUAUAGCCGGCUCAACAUUAUUAGUCGUGGGAAUGACAAUAGUUGCGCUGGUCUCAUAUAUAUGGAAAAAGAAACUCAGAAACCAAGGAACGACAAAAAGAAGUCGGAGGAAGGAUUAUGACAAUGAAGGUGGGAAGGAAGAUAUGGAGUUACCGAUAUUUGAUUUAGCAAUCAUUGCUAAUGCAACAGAUAAUUUUUCAAAUAACAACAAGCUCGGAGAAGGUGGAUUUGGACCUGUGUACAAGGGUAUCCUACCAGGGAUCAGAGAUAUAGCUGUGAAGAGGCUUUCAAAGAAUUCUAGACAAGGGUUGAACGAGUUCAAAAAUGAAAUUAUUUUCAUUGCCAAACUUCAACAUCGUAAUCUUGUGAAGCUUCUUGGUUGUUGCAUUCAAGAAAAUGAAAAUAUGUUAAUCUAUGAAUACAUGCCCAACAAAAGCUUGGACUCCUUUAUUUUCGAUCAAGCAAACAGUAAAGUACGAGAUUGGCAUAAACGUAUCAACAUUAUCCGUGGUAUUGCUAAAGGGCUUCUCUAUCUUCAUGAAGACUCUAGACUGAGAAUUAUCCACAGAGAUCUAAAAGCUAGUAAUAUCCUUUUAGAUAACAACAUGAAUCCAAAAAUUUCGGACUUUGGCUUGGCUAAAUCAUUUGGGGGAGAUCAAGCUGACUCUAAGACCAAUAGAAUUAUUGGAACAUAUGGUUAUAUGUCUCCAGAGUAUAUGGUGCAUGGACGGUACUCGGUAAAAUCUGAUGUGUUUAGCUUUGGAGUUUUAGUAUUAGAGAUAUUGAGUGGAAAGAAGAAUAGAGGAUUUCGUCAUCCAGACCACCACCAUAAUCUUAUUGGACAUACAUGGAAACUAUGGAUUGAAGACAGACCAAUGGAACUUAUCGAUGAAUUGGUAGAUAACAUGUGCACUCUAUCAAGUGUAUUGCGAAACAUUCAUGUGGGUUUGUUAUGUGUGCAGCGAAGACCAGAAGAUAGACCAAACAUGUCGUCUGUUGUUCAAAUGUUGAGUAGUGAAAAUUUAUUGCCUAAGCCGAAACAACCGGGUUUCUUUUCAGAUUCACCUGAAGCAGAUUCUUCAUCUAGCAAGCAUGAAACUUGUUCAGCUAACACAAUCACCAAUACAGUGUUUGAAGCCCGAAUUGAAGGAAUACAUGUUUCUAAGAAUAUUGAUCGAAGUGUUAAGCCAUCCAUGGAUGACGUCAAAAGAACCUCCCCUGCACAAGACACUGUUAUUCCAACUCAAUCUCUUAGAGACGGUGGCACUCUAGUUUCAGCUGGUGGAUCAUUUCAAUUGGGAUUCUUCAGCCCAGGUCAUUCCAAUACUCGAUAUUUGGGAAUAUGGUACACAGUAUCUUCAGAGACAGUUGCAUGGGUAGCCAACAGAGACGCUCCGCUUAACAAUCACUCUGGAGUUUUAAAUGUCACCGAUGAUGGAGUUCUUGUGAUUCUUAAUAGCACCAACGGUAUUGUUUGGUCAUCUAAUACAUCAAGAACCGCAGAAAAUCCAGUUGCACAGCUCUUGGACAACGGGAAUCUUGUUGUGAAAGAAAGAAAUGAUGAUGAUCCAGAGAAGUUUUUGUUUUUAUCAUCUUCGAAGAGCCCGGGAGAUCCUUCUGCAGGUGAGUAUUCUAUACGCAUAGAUCCUCGUGGUUAUCCACAGUGGGUUAAAAUGGAGUGUGAUCAAAUAAAGGCUAGAGCUGGGUCAUGGAAUGGCCUUCGUUUUAUGGGUCAAGGGUUAAGACCGAAUCUAGUAUAUGAGUAUGGAUUCGUGUUGAAUGAGAAGGAGGUCUAUUACGAGUACAAACUCCUAAACACUUAUGUUUUCUCAAGAUAUGUGCUAAACCCAUCAGGGGUUGCGCAACGGUUCAUAUGGAUGGAUCGGAAACAGAGUUGGGAGCCUUUCUUUACAUGCCAGGCAGAUCAGUGCCAAAAUUAUGGCUUAUGCGGUGCUUAUGCUACCUGCAAUGUCAAUAUCUCUCCUGUAUGUGCUUGCUUAGAAGGAUUCUUACCCAAGUCUCCAAAAUAUUGGGAUUCAGUAGAUUGGUCAGAUGGGUGUGUUCAAAGGACUCCUUUGGAAUGCAAUGACGGAGAUGGAUUCCUGAAGCACACGGGGGUGAAAUUGCCCGACACAUCUUCUUCCUGGUACAACAAGAGCAUGAUCCUUAGGGAAUGCGAAGGGAUGUGUUUGAAAAACUGCUCCUGCACAGCAUAUGCUAGUUUAGAUGUCAGGGGAGGAGGAAGCGGCUGCUUGCUUUGGUUUGGUAGCCUUGUUGACAUAACAAAAUUCGAUGUGGGUGGGCAAGACCUCUAUAUAAGGAUGGCCACUACUGAACUGGAACAUCUUGAGAAAAAGAGGCGCUCCAGUGAGAAGAAACAAGUAGCAAUUACUGUCGCCUCAGCAUUGUUAGUCGUGGGAAUGGCAAUAGUUGCACUGGCAUGGAAACUAUGGAUUGAAGAGAGGCCAGUGGAGCUGAUCGAUGAAUUAGCAGCUUAUUUAGAUGAACAAAAAGAUAAUGGGCCUCUAGUCAUGUAA